CAAGCGGCCUUAGACCACAUGAUCAGCUGUGUCCAAUCACAGCUGACCACCAUCAAUCAUCAUACAUUUAGAGAGCAGGGGCGGACUGACAACUUAUGGGGCCCCAGGGCAAUAGGGGAUCAUGGGGCCCCUGUGUCCUUGCCCAAACUCAAAAAAGCCUAUGAAAAAGGUACCAGGGGCAUCUCAUGGGGCCCCCUACUGACCCCCCAGGGCCCUCGGGCAGUGCCUGAGUUUCCAAAUGGUCAGUCCGCCCCU